AUGUCUGGUGAAGAGGAAAAGGAAUAUACAUCUGGUGAAGAAGAAGAGGAACAGAAUUCCAAUUUAAUAUCAGAGGAACAGAAGGAAAUCUCUCAGAAGAUUUCUGAAAAUCAUGGAGUUGGUUCUAAUGCUAACAAUGUUAUGAGAGAUAUCUCAGAAGUUCCUAAGAUGGAUACAGAAACAGAUAUAUUACAAAUGGAUUCAAGUUCUGGAAUGGCACAGAGUUCAACAGCAGGCGUACAGCAGGACCAAACAUCAGAUGAAUUCCUGAAGAAUUUUACAGAACCACUGGAAAGUGCUCCUGAAGUUUCUCAACAAGAUUCCAGAAAAGAUAGUCAGCAUUCAUCACAAAAGAUUCCAGUUAUUUUGAUGCCUGACACAAAAGAUACUGAUCUCAUGGCUUAUAUGUAUGCUGAAGGAUUACAUGAAAUACCUUCAGAUUUUUUGCAAGGGCAAGCCAGAAGAUCUUUAUUACAAUCUAUCCAGGCUGCUAAAUCAACUGAAAAAAUACCAACAACAGAUAUGCUUUCUGAAAUGAUGCUGGAUGAAUUCACAGUUCAGUUAAAUGCUAAAGGACUGGCAGAAAUUCCUUCAGGCAUUUUUGAUAUCAAAGGGUUAAAAUAUUUGCAAUUAAACCACAAUGAAAUCAAAAUCAUUCCAACAGCAAUAGGUUCACUGAGAAACCUAGAAAUAUUAUCCAUGGAAGGAAAUCAGUUAACUUCGUUACCUCCACAAAUUGCCCUACUUCAAGACCUAAAAACACUAAACAUCAGUCAUAAUCAAAUAUCAAGUCUUCCUUUCAAUUUUUCAAGGCUGAAAAAUCUUACAUGUCUUUUGAUCAAUCAUAACAACUUUGAAGAGUUCCCUCCUUCACUGGAAAGUCUUGUCAGGCUGGAAAUCUUAGAUCUCAGUGGGAACAAAUUAACUUUGCCAGAGAGUAAUGUUAGCAUGAAAAAUUUGACUGUGCUCUGCUUGGAAUCCAGUUGCAUUUCAAUCUUCCCAAAGGUUCUGUGCUAUCUCCCAAAGCUACACAAACUUAGUUUGGCAAAAAAUCUGAUCAAAAGUUUACCAAAGGAGAUUAAGGAGCUUAAAAUGCUAAAAGAACUUUCACUAAAGCAUAACAAGCUUAUAUUUUUGCCUGUACAACUUUUUCAACUGAUCUCUUUAGUAAAACUGAAUUUAAAGGAUAACCAGUUGGAAAGUCUAUCAGAUAAAGUAGAGAAUUUGCAAAAACUCCGAAGUCUCAAUCUUGCCAAAAAUUUAUUCAAAAGCAUUCCAGAUAAUCUUUGUAGUUGUGUCAUGCUGGAACGUCUAAUCCUUAAUGACAAUCAGCUAAAAGAGCUACCCAGUGAUCUACACAAGCUAAAAUGCCUAACGGAAAUUUGCAUAAGCAGAAAUAAACUGGUCUACAUAGAUGAACAAAUAGCAUUCUUUAAAUUUCUCUCAAUUAUAGAAGGAUCAGGAAAUGCAUUUAUGUACAUUCCAGUUGAAAUAAAAAGUUGUAAAGAAAUGACCAAAGUUGACAUGAGUUACAACAAAUUGGCUUUGUUUCCAGUUGGAUUGUGUGCACUGACAGCUCUUAAACAUUUAAAUCUCAGUGGAAAUUAUAUUUCUGAAAUAACUACUGAAAUUAGGUUCAUUAAAAUCCUGCAGUAUCUAAAUCUAAGUGAGAACAAAUUGUCCUCAUUUUCUAUACACUUAUGCUCUCUAACCAACCUGAGCUAUUUAGACCUAAGUCACAAUGCAAUAAGCAGUAUCCCAAAGCGUAUUAUAAAUAUGAAGUCUCUCAAAGUUCUACUCUUACAUCAUAAUAAAUUUGUUUUGUUUCCCAGUGAGUUAUGUGCUCUUGACCAACUUAAGAGUCUUGAUCUUUCAGAAAAUAAAAUAGAGAGCAUACCUUCAGAGGUUUGUCAGCUGCAAGAACUAAAAGAGUUAAACUUGUCAAACAAUUAUCUUGCAUCAUUUCCAAAUGAAAUAUGCCAACUUGCAUCACUGGAGAAGCUAACAUUGUGCCAAAAAAACGGAUUCAAGCUACACCAACUUUCAGAAAAGAUAUCUGAGCUGAGCUCCUUGAAAGAACUUGAUGUAUCUCAUAAUGAAUUACAGGAACUGCCAGAAGCAUUAGGGGAGAUUAAAACUUUGACCACUUUGAUAGCAAAUGACAACUGUUUAAGAAAGCUUCCCAAGAACUUUUCUUCACUCCGCAAUUUACAGCGCCUGGAUUUGAGCAACAAUAAGUUGAUAGCUUUGCCAAGUGACCUGCACUUUCUUCAGUCAUUGAAAGAUAUAAAUUUUGAUGGAAAUGCUCUGGUUAGACCUCCACUGGAAGUCUGCAAAGCAAAGCAAAUGCUCCCCAUUACACGCAUUUUAGAAAGUGCAGAUGAAAGAGAUGAGAAGAUCCUGCAAAGUGUACUCAAGACAAUUGCUAGCAACGUACCAUUUGAAAAUUUUGAAUUUUUUUGCCAAAAACUGCAACUUAAAAAUGAUGUAUAUAAAUCUAUUGAAAACAACAGAGCUCUUACAAUAGAAGAGAAAGUCACACAGGCACUAGACCGCUGGAAAACUGAAAAUGAAACUUUGUCCCCUGAUGCCAUGACAGACCAGCUAAUCAGAGUUCUGACCAUGACCGGCAUGUAUUAUCUGACGAACAAAAUAAAAGCUUUAAAACUUUGUUCCAGAAUAGUGAAGUUCUGA